CAGUGCGCUCGCCCGGAGUGCGGCUCGGUCUGGGCGACGGACGCGGGAGCCGCUGCGGGGGGCGCCCAGAAGGGACGCGGCGCUAAGUAGCGCGGAGGGAGGCUGCCUCUCCUCCCCGCCCGGUCCUUCCCUCCUUCCCUCCCUCCGGUGGGGAGACGAGGCUGCGUUGCGCACGCCGAGGCACAGCCAAAGCCGGGCGGAGCGGCCGUCGAAGCGCGCAGGGAGAGCAGCCUCGGUGAGCGGGUACUACGGUCACGGUGGACGGGGCGUGGAUCUGGACCCCCGCAAGGAUACACACUGAGAUACCUGCCCACCAACACUGGUGACAGUGCUGUGCCCGGCUCGGGUGGCAGGGCCAGGAGGCUGAAAUGUCUGAGACUCUGGACCUGGAAAAGGGGUGCACGGUCGACGAACUUCUACAUGGCUGCAUUGAGGCCUUUGAUGAUGAGGGCAAAGUUCGAGACCCGCAAUUGGUCCGCAUGUUUCUCAUGAUGCAUCCGUGGUACAUCCCCUCCUCAGAGCUGGCUGCCAAGCUGCUGCAGAUUUACCAAGAAUCAUGUGGACCAGAAAACAAUUCCCUGCAGGUUAAAACUUGCCAUCUGGUCAGAUACUGGAUCUCGGCAUUUCCAGCAGAAUUCGAUUUGAACCCAGAACUGGCAGACCAGAUCAAGGAGCUGAAAGAACUUCUGGGCCGAGAAGGGAAUCAGUGCCACAGCAACCUCAUCGACAUAGAGAGCGUCCCUACUUACAAAUGGAAGCGGCAAGUCACGCAACGCCAGCCUGUGGCCCAGAAAAAGCGCAAAACAUCUCUCCUUUUUGAUCAUCUGGAGUCAGGGGAGCUGGCCGAGCAUCUCACUCACCUGGAAUACCGCUCUUUCAGCAAGAUCCUGUUCCAAGACUACCACAGUUUUGUCAUGCACGGCUGCACAGUGGACAACCCCAUCCUGGAGCGAUUCAUCACCCUUUUCAACAGCGUCUCCCAAUGGGUGCAGCUGAUGGUUCUCAGUAAGCCCACAGCUCAGCAGCGAGCUCAGGUCAUCACCCGCUUUGUCAUGGUGGCCCAGAGGCUGCUACAGCUGCAGAAUUUCAACACCCUGAUGGCAGUGGUAGGUGGCCUGAGCCACAGCUCCAUCUCGCGGCUGAAGGAGACACACAGUUUUGUGAGCCCAGAGACCACCAAGGUGUGGGAAUCACUCACUGAAUUGCUGACAUCGGUGGGGAACUACAGCCGUUAUCGGCGGUGCUUUGCUGAGUGCGUGGGCUUCAAGUUCCCCAUUCUGGGGGUCCACCUGAAGGACCUGGUGGCUGUUCACGUGGCACUCCCUGACUGGCUCGAUCGUGCCCACACCUGUCUCAAUGGGAACAAGAUGCAACAGCUGUUCAGUAUCCUGAGCGAUCUGGCCAUGGUACAGAGUAUCCGGCCCCCUUUUGAGGCCAACACUGACCUCCUCAAUUUGCUCAUGGUCUCUCUAGAUCAGUACCAGACGGAAGAGGAGAUCUACCAACUCUCUCUGCAACGGGAGCCUCGGAACAAAUCCACACCUUCCAGCCCUACAUCCUCCACUCCGCCACCUCAGCCAGUUGUCAUUGAGGAGUGGGCAUCGGUGCCCAAACCCAAGCCGGACCAGGCAGUUGUGCGCAAGCACAUCGAGAAGAUGGUGGAGUCUGUCUUCCGGAACUUUGACGUGGACGGAGAUGGUCAUAUUUCACAGGAAGAAUUUAAGAUCAUCAGGAAUAAUUUUCCGUACCUCUGCAAGUUUGGAGAUCUGGACGAGAAUCAGGAUGGCUGCAUUAGUCGAGAAGAGAUGAUCUCCUACUUCAUGAAAUCCAGCCUGGAGCUGAAUGGCAAGAUGGGCUUCAUCCACAGCUUCCAAGAGACCACGUUCCUGCGGCCCAUCGCUUGUCGCCAAUGCAAGGGGCUGAUCCUUGGACUCUACAAGAAAGGGCUCAAAUGUCGAGCUUGCGGUGUGAGCUGCCACAAACAGUGCCGGGAUCUCCUCAAUGUGGAGUGUCGCAAACGCACCAAGAGCGUCAGCCUAGACGGGCCAGCAGCUCUGCCAGCACGAUCCUUCAGCUUCUCCCUGCCACGGCCUGGGCGGUCUUCCCUGCGGCAUCCAGAAAUCCAGGAGGAGGAAGUGCAGGCGGUGGAAGACGGGGUCUUUGAUGUCCACCUAUGAGGCUGAUGCUGGAGGGCUGCUUGAAUCUUCUCCUUCCCUCCUGUCCUCUCUCGCAUCACUCUGGAAAGCCCUCCGCCAUCUUCUAGGGGCCACCCCGCAACUGAAGUGGAAUGUGUGUAUUAAGGUGGUGAUGCGGAGCUGAUAUCCAAAAGGGAUGCCCUGUAGAACAGCUGGACUAGGAAACUUUCUUCCUGAAACCUAGUUCAGAAUACACUCCGCCCCUCCAUGCUUUAAGGGUUGAGGCCAGAGUUUGCAUGGUGGGGAGGAGGCAUUAGGGUUCCGGCGGGUGACACAGAACUUCCCAAUCCAUGUGUAUAUUUGUUUCAAGAACUGGAUUCCAAGAUGUAAUAAUGAUUACAAUAAAUUUGACAUUUCCUGUC